CUGUGUCCACCAGAAAACAGUCUGGAGCUUAUACAGAGUGUUAAAAGCUAUUUUAAACAUGAAAAGUAUGUGAAUUAACUGGAUAAACUAUGAUUUAAAAGAACAAUAAUAUGCUAAAUAUUAUUCCCCGUGAAGUGUAAAGUGUUAAUGAAAUGGAUAUUUUACAGUUGUAAACAUGGGCUGGACAGCUUUGUUUUUCCUCGGUAUGUGGAGUUGAAUAUAUAAAUAACAGGUGUGUUCCUCUAAUCUCCGGCGUUUUCCUAGUUUCGUCAAUGGUUUCUCUCUAUCCAGAGCAAGAGAGCCUCCAGUCGCUAUGGGCCCUGAUCCUCCAAUAGUACCUUUAACUCGAACCUGUGCGGAUCAUGUUCAGAUUCAUGAACUUGAUCCAGUUCACCAACACAAUUUUAACAAUCUGCACACUAUACAUGUAAAUAAUACAAAGUGAAUCCCAGCCCAGAACUAAUGAUGGAUACAGUUACGCACAACAUUAGUGGUGGAGUAGCUUCUCCAUCAAGCUCCAACAAUGCUGGAGUCUCUACACAACAGUACAAACAUAAAAGAAAAUUUAUAAACAAGUUCUUUAGUGAGCCUGUUGAAGCUCUUGAUCUGACGCUGACCAAGGCUGAGGAGAUCUUCUCAAUGGAAGAAUGGGUGGGAAACCCACUAAAACAGGAGAUGAAUCAGACCAUCAAGAUUGAGAUUCCAGCUCUAGAUUAUAGUGAAGUACAGCUUGUUGAUAGUCCUAAAGAAUCUCCUCAGGAUAGUUUCAAUCCACCCCAGAGUAAUAUCCCCCCACUCAUUGCAAAAUACUCUCAGGUGUCUCCACAGUCAUUGCCUCUCAACACCAGGGAUAUACAAAGAGUUAUACUAAAACCUAGUCAAGAGGCAUAUAAAAAUAAGUCCCCAAGAUCACCCUAUGCCCCACUUCGUUACUCCCCUUACCACACUGAGAGAUGUGGUUCACCCUACAGAUCAUCAACCGAUAUAGGGUAUACUAGACCUUUCCUUACUGUACCAUCUCCUUACUAUGUUGGCACCUCUCCGACUGGAUCUCCUAACCGCUCAUAUAGCUUAGAGGAUCAAAGGAAAUCUCUGAACAGAUCUGAAAUACCAGGAGAACCCUACAGCUCCAUCUCAAAGGCUAAUGAUUUGCUUUGCAUGGUUUCUUCCCCUGAAGAUUCCUUUAAACAUUCCAACUGUAAUGAUCAGAAUUCCCCUCGACACAGUAAACCAGGCCUUGAAAAAGACUCAGCUGAACUGUCUUGGGCUAAACAGUCAGUUCAGAGAACUCAGCGAAUCUCUCAGUACCCUCAACGAAUAUCAGUAAUAGAGAACUCAUCUGGGUACUCAAAGAUGGAUCCUGAUUGGCUCGAAACUUUGCAGCACAGAAGACUGGUGACAGAAGGAACUGAUCUUGAUACAAGGAUUGCCAUGAUGGAGAAUAGCUCAGCUCUACAAAAUCCCCUUGCUCAUGGGGUAUUGGAGACAUUAGAUACACAAACUCCAAAGUCCCCACCCUUACACUCAUCCAGAUCAAGCAACACAUCAAUGCAUGGUGAGAGGUUGCCCUACAAUAGACUCUCUCCGAAAACCGUUCCUAGAUCUUACUUCAAUGAGGUAUCUUCUCAGAAAAAUCCAUUCCUCCGUCAUGAGAAUCCAAACUUGGGGUCUUUCCACAUCACACCUUCAGAGGGGUACAUACGAAGAUCUCAAGAACUUAUCAGGGAUUCAAUGAGAAUUGAGAAUCCACAGAACAUCUUCUUGAACAGAGAUCAAAGAGACUUAUCUGGUAAUAUUUUAGACUCUGCUAGGUUCUCUAAUGUAUUCUCUGGAGGUCAGGAUAGGAAUGGGUGUCAUGGUACAGAUAAAGUCCGAUCACCUUUAUCCAACCUACAUAAACGAAAAAAUUCUGUUAUUGUUCAUCACCGCAGUGAUGAAAUCAAGUCUGAGGUACCUGAUGUCACCGAGGGUAAUGAUGUAUGUAUUCCCCAGCAUCUUCCCUUUGUUCCAAAAGAUUUUAGUUCUUGGCUAAAUUUACAAGCUAGGAUGAGACUUCAAGAUAUGUUUAGAAACUCUGAGAAGAUUAAAUCUGGUGGUGGACCAGUUCAUGGUGGAGUAUUCUCAAGCAACUUCAAUCAUGGAGGCUAUCUUCAGUCUACACAGUUCUCCAACCUCAACUUUGAUAACAAAGCCAGUCGAAAGUUUUUUGAACCCUCUAGCCAAAGUAAGGAUUUCAAAACGGACAAGGAUCAUCAUUUCUUCCCUAAAAAUGAAUAUGUCACAGACCAUGAUUCCAGAUCAUUACCACAAGAUCUAGAUCAAGAAAUGGAGGAGGAGGAUGAAGCUCCUGAAUCAGGUCAUGCUAAGGGAAAGCGUGGUCGACCGCGUAAACAUGCACCAAAGGUUCCACUGCCCCCCCUCUACGUUUUUAUACGGAACUUACUGCAUAACCCUGCAUACAACCCAUCAGUCGUGACCUGGGUCGAUGAGUCAACUGGAUGCUUUAAGGUGACCAGUACAAUAGAGUUUGCGAAAACCUGGGGGAAAAUGAAAUCUAACAGAUCCGAGGAAAUGAACUAUGAAAAGAUGUCGCGAGCUAUGCGCUACCACUACGGGUCCGAACGUCAGGGGAGGAAAGGUCAUCUUGCUAUGGUGAAGGAGAAACGGCUUUUCUACAGAUUUGGUGAGCUAGCGAUAAAUUGGCGAAGUAGCGAAGUAUCAUUGUUGCUUCAGCCCUGCUCCCAGCAUCAGCUGUGCAGGAACCAUAUUUGUCUGUGGACCAAAGAGUAGAUCUUAUAUUCUCGCUUUAUCUACUCUACAUACGCUCUCUUUUUUCCAUGUUUUGAUUUCUAAUGAAAAAGAUUGAUACGGGGUGAGCUAUAAAACCGAUAAAGCUUUGUUAUAGCUUAGUAAAUAAGAGACUUUAUUGUUUCCUGUUCUGUAAAAAAAAAAAAAAAACGGGUCUGGGAAAAAAGACUUGUUCCUUCAGAAUAUUUUCAAAGAAUGCUCUGGAAGCAAAUUAAGUUUGGGCGCUGAACACCCUUGUUAUCCUUUAAUAGCUCACUCUGCAUCUACAAAUAUAUAUUUAUUUUAAAAACUGGUUCUGCGUGUAAUGAAUGUGCCCUUGGUUAACCUACAGAUCCAGUUAUUUUUAUCUGUGAUACUAAUACAGUAAACUAUCUUAUUCUAAGCAUUCGGUAAUAUUAAAAGGAUACAUGAUAUUCGGGUCGUACAGGUGGUCCUUGUUUCACAGACAGAACAAAAUUUAAAGAAAAAACUUUUUCUUUUUUGGUAAACUCAAUAUGAAAACUGAAUAGACAAUAAGUCCUUAAAUAAUUUUUAUUACAUGUUCUGACUAAUUCCUACCUAUGUCCUCCAUUAACUUAACAAAACAACAUUUGAAACAUUUAUCCCCUUAAGUCAGCUGAUGCUUACGGUCCGCUAAUACUUGAGGUCAGAACAUACUUGAGGUCAGCUAAUACUUGAGGUCAGCUAAUACUUGAGGUCAGAAGAUACUUGAGGUCAGAAUAAACUUGAGGUCAGCUAAUACUUGAGGUGGUAUAAAACUAAGGUCAGCUAAUACUUGAGGUUAGCUGAUACUUGAGGUGAGCUGGUACUUGAGGUCAGCUAAUACUUAAGAGGUCAGCUAGUACUUGAGGUCAGCUUAUAUUUGAGGUCAGCUUACACUUGAGGUCAGCUGGUACUUAAGGUCUGCUUACACUUGAGGUCAGCUGGUACUUGAGGUCAGCUUAUACUUGAGGUCAGCUUAUACUUGAGGUCAGCUUACAGUUGAGGUCAGCUGGUACUUGAGGUCAGCUUAUACUUGAGGUCAGCUUAUACUUGAGGUCAGCUUAUACUUGAGGUCAGCUGGUACUUGAGGUCAGCUGGUACUUGAGGUCAGCUUAUACUUUAGGUCAGCUGGUACUGAAGGUUAGCUGAUACUUGAGGUCAGCUUAUACUUGAGGUCAGCUGGUACUUAAGGUCAGUUGGGGCUUGAGGUCAGCUCAUACUUGAGGUCAGCGGGUACUUGAGGUCAGCUUAUACUUAAGGUCAGCUGGUACUUGAGGUCAGCUUAUACUUAAGGUCAGCUGGUACUUGAGGUCAGCUUAUACUUGAGGUCAGCUUAUACUUGAGGUCAGCUUAUACUUACGGUCAGCUGGUACUUGAGGUCAGCUUAUACUUGAGGUCAGCUGGUACUUGAGUUCAGCUUAUAAUUAACGUCAGCUGGUAUUUGAGGUCAGCUGGUACUUAAGGUCAGCUUAUAAUUAAGGUCAGCUGGUUCUUGUGUAAAUUGUACUGUGUUCUGCGCAGAGUACUCCACUCUCCAAUAAACACUAUUAUAUCUUCGGUCAGUGUACUGCAAAUUACUGCAGAACGCACUAACAGCUCAGUUGAAGAUGUCUCAACAACAACGCGUAUUUUUAAAAAUUUCUGUUAGUAAUAUUUAUACUAAUUAACAAAAUGCUUGUCCUUAACCUAGAAGAAAUCAAAAUUAUUUAGUAAACGUUUCUCUAUUAUUAUAAUAUUUAAGAAAAACUAAUCUUUUCGUAGUCAGACAGAAUCUUUUUUUAAAAUCUCAAUACUUUCUAAAUUUUAAAAUUAUUACAUUCUUCCUCUCCUUUCAGUUUAUAAUCAAAAAUAAAAUAUUCUUGUCAUUUCAAAUCUCAGACAUAAAUGUAUUUUAUAAACAGCUGUCAAAAAAAGUAUGUUUUCAUGAAAAGUUGUUGCUCGGCUUGCAUUCAACAUUAAAGGAAAAUAAAAGCUUGAUAAAAGAGAGGUUUUGACAGUUCAUAAUUUUGUUCAAAUUUUGUACUGAAAAAUGAUCUCAUUCAAAUAUUGUAUUUUUAACAAUUUUUUGGAAUGAAGUUCUUGUAUUCUCAGUGUUCACCUUAACCAAUUUAUUUUAAACAGAAAAAAUACCUCUUUUGCAAACGCUCAAAAAACAGGAGCUUAAUCUAGUUUUCACAUUUUUGAAAAUUUAUCCAAUUAGAAAAAUUUAGAAAAUUGGAGUUACAUUUUCAUCUACUUUUUUGAUUCUAAAAGGUUAUGAAGUUAAAAGUGAAUCGACGAAGAGACAUUACAGUAUAUAACUUCUUAAUCUAUUAAAAUCUUUAAAACUUGUUGAAAAUCUAACUCAAAUUUAUUAUUUUUGUAUUUUCAAAGUCUGGAAAUUUUGUAAUUUUGUCAGUUAAGAUUUACAGGUUCUGCAUUGUUUACAUCAGACUGAUCCAAAAAGCUAUCUGAUAAAAUAUCAUUUUUUUAUAGAAAAUCAUUCUAACAUGAAAAACGAUUCGCCAGUAACAAGAAUUGAUAAUUAAAGUCAGAAAAGUGAUGUGAUACAAAUAUCUAUAUUAUAUAUAUCAAUGUUAAAAUAUCUAUAAUCAUGUAAUGUAUGAUGAUGUAUGUGCUGUUAAACCGUUUAGUGUAAAAACGGUAUUUUUUGUUGCACAAACAAAACUCGUUGUUAUUCCGUGCACCCUGCAGGCUGCAUAUUUAAUCCAUCCAGUCAGACAAUUAGGAAUCCAAGUCUAUUUCGAAAUUCGGAAAAAUUUCCUCUGGAAAAGCUCAAUGUUAAUGUGUUUAUUGUUGUGGGGCACCAAUAUCACAAAUGUGCUAAAUGUUAAGCAAAAUAACAGAAAUUACAGGUUUUUCUUUUUUCUUUUUGUAAAAUCUAAUUUGAAAGAUCAAAUUCAGGAUGUAAAGUUUGCUCAACGGAGCUUGGAUAAAAGAAUAUUUAUCUAAGCUAAAACAUUGUUUUCCAAGCUUAAAUACAGUUUUCGAAGCUAAAAAACUAUUUUCUAAGCUUUAAAACAGUUUUCCAAACUUAGAAACUAUUUUCUAAGCUUAAAUAAUUUAUUCUUUGAAUACUGUUUUCUAAGCUUAAAUACUGUUUUCUAAGCUUAAAUACUGUUUUCUAAGCUUAAAUACUGUUAUCUAAGCUUAACUAUUGUUGUCUAAGUUUACAUAUAGUUUUCUAAGCUUAAUUAGGCUCUUCUAAGCUUAAAUACUGUUUUCUACGCUUAAAAACAGUGUUCUAAGCAUAGUUUUCUACGCUCAAAUACUUUUUUGUUAGGUCGAAUACCGUUUUCUAAGCCUAAAGAUUGCUUUUUUAGCUUAAAUACCGUUGUCUAAGCUUUAACACUGCUUUCUAAGAUUAAACACUGUUUUCUGAGCUUGAAUACUGUUUUCUAAGCUAAAAUAUGGUUUUCUAAGCUUAAAUACAGUUUUUUAAGCUGAAUUACAAUUUUCUAAACUUAAAUAUAUAUAUAUAUGGUUUUAUUGAACACCGUUUUCUAAGCUUAAAUAUUGUUUUUCUAAGCUUGAAUACAGUUUUCUAAGCUGAAAUACGGUUUUCUAAGCUUAGUAAAGUUUUCUAAGCUUAAGUACAGUUUCUAAGCUUAAAUUCAGGUUUCUAAGCUUAAAUACAGUUUUCUAGGCUUAAUUUCAGUUUUCUAAGCUUAAAUAUAGUUUUCCAAGCUGAAAUACGGUUUUCUAAGCUUAAAUACUGUUUUGUUAGUUUGAAUACCGUUUUAUAAGCUUAAAUAUUGUUUUGUGAGCUUAAAUACUGUUUUCUAAGCUUAAACACUGUUUUCUAAGCUCAAAUACAGUUUACUACGCUGAAAUAAAGGGUUUUAAGCUAAAAUACAGUUUUUAAAGCCUUAAUACUUGUUUGUAAGUACUUCAGCACGUACAUUUUGGCUUAAUCUAAGAGAUGUUUAAAUCCAUUUUCUAUGACUAUAUUAAGUGAUGUUUAAACAACGAAUGAACUAAAAUUAUUGUACUAAAUUUGUUUACAUUCUUUGUUCAUACAUUACAUAGCGUUGUUGUACAACUUGGUACAUAUUUCUAUGUAUAUUGUACAUGUCUGUACAUGAAACCUGUUUUUGUUGUCGUAACAGUCAAGUGUGCUGUAUUCACCAGUAUCGGUUCUGCAGUCUCAAUAUUGUGAAAAAUAUAAUAUUUAAUUUUUA